AUGACCGCUUCUCCCCCCACCGAGCCACGCUACUACGGCUACCUGGUCGGAGUCGGCGUCACCCACUCGAUCGCCCCGCCGAUGCACAACCACAUCUUCCAUGCCCUGGGCCACAGGGACUGGCAGUUCAAGGCUCAGGAAUGCGCCACCGUGGCAGACGCGAUGGCGCUUUUCCGGGCCCCGACCUUCGCCGGUGCCGGGGUGGUCACCAUGCCCUACAAGCGGACGAUCAUGGCGCACCUGGACGGGCUCGACCCGCCAGCGCUCACCCUGGGGGCGUGCAACAACGUCUACCGCGCCGCGGACGGCUCCCUCCGCGGCACCAACACCGACUGGCGCGGGAUCCUCGGCUGCCUGCGGGGCGCCAGUGCGGCGGGCCGCGGGAAACCCGCCGCCAUCGUGGGGGCGGGCGGCGCCUCCCGCGCGGCUAUCUACGCUCUGCACGCGGAGCUGGGCUGCUCGCUCAUCUACAUCGUCAACCGCGACGAACGGGAAGUGGCGGAGCUCGUGGAGGAGUGCACGCGGGUGUAUGGCGCGGAGAAGCUGACCCUGGUGCAUCUCACGCAGGUGGCGCAGGUGGCUGCGCUGGCGGAAUCGCCGUUCUAUCUCGUCGGGACAGUGCCAGACGCAGAGCCGUGCUCGCCGGAGGAGGUGACUGUGCAUCAGAUUGUGGAGACGCUGCUGCAGUCGUCUGCGAGUCCGGGGGCGGGGCAGGGGCCCGGCGUCUUGCUGGAUAUGUGUUUCAAGCCGCGACGGACGCGGUUCUUGAAGAUGGCGCAACGGUACGGCUGGAGAACGGUGGAGGGAACGGAGGUCAUCGGACAUCAGAUUGGUGAACAAUACCGAUUGUGGUGCGGCGAGGAGAGCAGUCGGAAUCUACCGGUGGAGGAGGCGUGGGCGGUGCUGCGCCAGGCGGCCGAGGAGAGUCCGGCUAUCAAUUUCUGA